AUGAGCGGGGUAUUGAAAAGGAAGUACGAAGAGCUGGGAGAUGACAGCACCUACUGCUCCUCCUCCUCCUGCUCCCCCCUCUCCUCCUCCGCAUCCUCGGGCUGGGAGUCGGAUGAGGAGAGCUCCCAUGGGGAGCCCAAGCUCAGCUCUGCCUUAACGCCCAGCUUCACCCCCACGUCCAUCCUGAAGAAGUCCAAACGCCUAAAGAAGAACAAUGUGGAGUUUGACCGGGUCACUGUGUUUUACUUCCCACGCUGCCAGGGGUUCACCAGCGUGCCUAGUCGUGGGGGCUGUACCCUGGGGAUGGUGAGCAAGCACAGCUCCUCCCGGCAGUUCACGCUGGCGGAGUUCUCAAAGGAGCAGGAAAACGUUCGCCGGGAGAAACUCGGAGAGAAAUUGAAAGAGGAAAAGUUGGAAGCAUUGAAAUGGAAGCUAACCAUGAACGGCACGAAGGAGUCUGAGGAGGCCAACCAGCUCACCAUUGACGACAUCUCCGAUGAUGACAUCGACGUCAGCAACAUGGACCUGGAAGACGGCUUCUUCCUCCAGCCCUACCCCGCCAAGAAGAGACGGGCACUGCUGAAAGCUGUGGGGGUGAAGAAGAUCGACAAGGAGGAGAAGCGGGAGCUGCACAACAUCCGCCUGUCCCGGGAGGACUGCGGCUGUGACUGCCGGGAGGUCUGCGACCCGGAGACCUGCAGCUGCAGCUUGGCAGGCAUUAAAUGUCAG